CUCAACAGGAGGGUCAAAUGUUGCUCCCUCCACACCUAAAAAGAAAUGUGCCCCUGCUAAACUACCCAUGCCUCCUGAGGAAGAGCUUGAAGAACGCUUCAGUGUGGUUUUGAGCUCCAUGAAUUUGCCUCCUGACAAGAUGAAGCUUCUGAGUCAGUACGACAAUGAGAAGAAAUGGGAGCUUGUCUGCGAUCAGGAGCGAUUUCAGGUGAGAAACCCUCCCUCGGCUUAUCUGACUAAAAUCAAGAUGGUUUUUAUAGGAACCCAAAUCGGUUCUUCUAUGCCAUUAAUGUUUGAAGUGGAAUCUGUGGAAAACGGUGGUUCUGUAUCAGACAAGAGGAGGUUGUCAGAGAGAUCAGUGGAGGAUCUAGCCAAAAAUGUCAACCAUUCUCCCACACACGGCAUGAAUAGAGCGGCACGUGCACUCACUGUCCGAAUAAGCAACUUGACCCAUGGCAGAAAAACUAUGCGACAUGCCCGAUUGGCCAGCCAAAGAGAUGACGUUCACCUCUGUAUUAUGUGUCUGCGCGCUAUCAUGAAUUAUCAGUCUGGGUUCAAUUUAGUCAUGACUCACCCCAGAUGCGUCAAUGAAAUUACACUCAGUCUCAACAACAAAACCCCCAGGACUAAGGCUCUUGUGCUGGAGCUGUUGGCUGCAGUGUGUCUGGUUAGAGGAGGACAUGACAUCAUCAUCUUGGCCUUUGACAACUUUAAAGAAGUGAGUGGAGAGAAGAACCGCUUUGAGAAGCUAAUGGAGUACUUCAUGAAUGACGACAGCAAUAUAGACUUCAUGGUGGCUUGCAUGCAGUUCAUAAACAUUGUGGUCCACUCCGUGGAGAACAUGAACUUCCGUGUGCAUCUUCAGUAUGAGUUCACCCAGCUGGGUCUAGACCAGUACUUAGAGUCCUUAAAGGAGAUGGAGAGUGAGAAGUUGCAAGUACAAAUCCAGGCGUACUUGGAUAAUGUGUUUGAUGUUGGAGCUCUGCUGGAGGAUGCAGAAAAUAAAGGGGAAAUAAUGGAGCAUUUAACAGAACUGCAGGAGACCAAUGCACAGCUGAAUGCCAGAUUGCAGGAAUAUGAGAAUGGAGCACUGGAAAAAAUGGCAGAACUAGAACAACAUCUAAUGCAGGCCACUAAAGAGUCAGCACUGCUUAAGGAGAGCUUGAGAGAGUCCUGUGCCCAAGUGAGCACUUUGCAGCAGAGAGAACGGGAACGAGAGAUUCAGAGAGAGAGAGAAAGAGAGCAGGAGCGUCUGUCACAGCCCUCACAGGUGGACAGAGAAAGAAACAGAGAGGUGAGUGGAAAGGAGUCCAAACUAGAGGUGAAGCUGAAGGAACUGGAGGAGAAAGGCUUAGUCCGACUGGAGCGCACAGCCUCUGGAAGCUUGGACAUCGAAGUGAUUCCAGUCACCGUAGAGAAAAUUGUCACUCAAACAGUGACUGUAUCAGAUCCAGCUUCACAAGCGCCGUCCCCUCCAGUCGCAGCACCGCCUCCACCUCCUCCACUACCUGGUGCUGCAGCUCCCCCUCCACCUCCUCCUCCACCACCACCUCCUCCUCCUCCUGGAAGUGGACGUAUUCCACCUCCCCCUCCUCCUCCCCCUCCUGGCGGAGGUCCACCACCACCCCCGCCCCCACCUGGCUGUGGACCGCCACCCCCUCCAGGAGCUCCUCCUGCCCCUGGGGCUGAAACAGGACCAAAGGGACGUAAACCAAUUCAACCAAAGUUCAAGAUGCCUCUAUUGAACUGGCAGGCGUUGAAGCCCAAUCAAGUGACGGGAACGGUGUUUAGCGAGCUGAAUGAUGAACAACUCUUAGGGGAGCUGAAUAUGGAUGUAUUUGCAGAGCAGUUUAAAACCAAGGCUCAAGGUCCUCCAGCAGCUCUCUCUAAGCUCAAGGUUAAGGUUGCUGAGAAGGUACCCAGUAAGGUGUCCCUGCUGGAGCCUAACAAAGCCAAAAACCUUGCUAUCACUCUCCGCAAGGGAGGCAUGAGCCCCACCGACAUCUGCACAGCCAUUGAGAGAUAUGAUCAGCAGUCUCUGAGUCUCGACUUUCUGGAGCUUCUGGAACGUUUCGUCCCAUCGGAGUAUGAGAUGAAGUUACUCCAGAACUACGAGAAGGAAGGGCGGCCACUAGAGGACCUGAACGAGGAGGACCGUUUCGUGGUCCGCUUUGGUAAAAUCCCACGCCUUGCUCAGCGGAUCAACACCCUCACUUUCAUGGGCAACUUCCCAGAGAGCGUGAAACGUCUGCAGCCGCAAUUAGAUGCAAUCAUUGCAGCUUCCGUGUCCCUCAAAUCUUCAUCGAAGCUGAAGAAGAUGUUAGAGAUCAUCUUGGCUUUUGGGAACUACAUGAACAGCAGUAAAAGAGGAGCAGCGUAUGGGUUCCGUCUGCAGAGCCUUGACCUGCUGUUGGACACUAAGUCCACAGACCGCACACAGACUUUGAUGCACUUCAUUGCAAAUAUGGUGCAGGAGAAAUACCCCGAGCUUGCCGGCUUCCACACUGAACUCCGCUUUGUAGACAAGGCUGCUCUGGUGUCUUUGGACAGUGUGCUCCAGGACGUGAGAUCUCUGGAGAGAGGGAUGGAAGGGACCAAGAAGGAGUUCCUGGUGCAGGACGACAUCCCGGCGCUGAAAGAGUUUGUUAAGGCCAACAGUGACAUAUUAGACUCACUUGUUAAAGAUGGCAAGACCGCACAGGAGGCAUACACGUCUGUAGUGGAGUACUACGGAGAGAAUCCGAAAACGACACAGCCUUCCAUGUUCUUCCCACUCUUUGUCAGGUUUAUCAAAGCUUAUAAGCAAGCAGAACAAGAUAAUGAACAGAAGAAGAAACAAGAGAGUGCAGCAGAAGAACAGACAGCCCCUUCCCCAAAGAAGAAAGAUAGCACUCCUCAAAAGGGUCCUAUGAUGCCCAAACUGCCUCAGAUGGAUCUGAUUGCAGAGCUCAAGAAGAGACAGGUGAAGCCCCAAGUCACAGACGGGGUCAUCGAGGACAUUAUAACAGAUUUGAGAAAUUCACCCUACAGAAGAGGUGAUGGUCGGAGAGCAACUCCACGACAAGACAACUGAGAGUUACCUAAAGAGACUUCCCUCCUUCCCACUGGACACUUCUGUAUAUAACACCUGGUCUUAUUCUUUAUAUAAUAAAACGUUUUCAAUCUGUACAGUGAUACAGAAAAUGACUGGCAAAUAUACAUACACAUUCACAGAUACACAACAACAGAUGCUGCACACAAACAAAGUCACACUAACAGACACCCAUCAUCACACACGCUUACAUAUGCCCUGACACAAUAUAAUUGUAAAUAAGGCAUAAAAAGGAUUUUUGUACCAUCGCAUAUGCUAGUUACAGCAAAC